AUGUCGGAAGUUAGGAAACCCGCUGAAGAGAUCCCUGUUGUUGCGUCUGCUGUUGAACCCGCCACAGAUGCCACAGCUGCUGCUGCUGCUACUGCUGCUACUGCUGCGUCCCCUACAGAGACUCCAACGCAAACUCCUGCCCCAGCUGCUGACACUGCUGUUGCUGCUGAGGAGCCAGCCAAGGAAGAGGUCAAGCCUGCCACAGAUGGAGUUCUGGGACACAAGUCCCCUGGUUUAGUCAAGGGAUUCCGUUUUUCAAAACGCUUCUUUUGGUUCAGUGAUGAUGCUGUUGAGGUUAGGCAGCUCACUACGUAUUUCCAGAAUGAGAAGCUUAGCAUUGCUCAUCCUACCGCUGCCUGGGCUAGUCAGACUGGCAAAGGUCUUCUAUUUUACGCUAAGCGUGCUGAGGACAAGGCUACACCCACGGGAAUCGUCAACUUGGCCGAUAUUUCUGACAUAGUCAAGGAGUCCGGACACGAAUUCCAGUUCAAGGUUGCUGGUCACAAGCAUGUUUUCCAGGCUGGAAGUGAUGAUGAGCGCGCUUCCUGGAUUGCUGCCCUCGAGGCCAAGGCCGCUGAGGCCAAGAGAGAGAAAGAAACUGUCACCUCUAGUGAAGGUUACAAGGCUGAGCUGGAGAAGUUGACCAAGCCUCCCGUUGUCGCUGCUGCAGCUCCCAAGAAGAGUCUGGAGAAGAAGGAGCCUGCUAAAGCGGAAGAGGGUGAGGAAAGGAAGGAAGAGGAGAAGAAGCCGGAGCAGAAAGAGAAGAGCCGUUCUCAGUCUCGGAAGCGGGCCAGCAUUUUCGGAAGUUUCCUUGGCAAGAAGGAAGAGGAAAAGAAGGAAGAAAAGCUUGAGGGCAAGGAGGAACCAGAAGUUGUUGCACCAGCUGUGGAGACUUCAGCACCUGUCGCUGAGGCGGCUGAGACUCCUGUUCCUACUCCCGCUGCAGAGGAGCCGAAGGCUGAGGAAAAGAAGCCUGAAGCUAAGCCUGAGUCACCCACUGCUGGAAAAACCAAGCGGGCCUCGAUUUUCGGAAACAUUUUCCACAAGGUCUCCAACCAAGACAAGAUUGAGAAGGACAGCGCCGUAAAGAGCACGGAAACACCUGUCUCCAGCACCGCUCCUCAACUCGGGGACCCUGUUGAUGCUUCCACCUCUGAGCCCACCAAGCCCGAGACUGUAACCGCCGCUGCUGAGCCUUCCCAGCCCGCUAAGGAAGGCGAAGAACCCGUAGCCUCCCCAACCUCCGCCAAGAAUAGUUUCCUGAACUUCAUCAAGAAGCACGAUGACAAGAAGGAGAUCAAGGCUAACGACAAGGUCGAGAAGAAAUCUGAGGAAGCUCUCGAGGCAUCCGCCGUAGAGGCCACCACUUCCCCAGCUACCAAGGACAAGCGUCGCACCUCCCUCUUUGGCACCCUCGGUAAGAAGGAAAAGAAGCCUGAAGGAACCAGUGACGGUGAGCAGGCUGGUGACGAGGAAGCCAAGUCCAAGUCCUCCGCAUCGUCCCCUCUUCCCAAGCUUGGAGGAGUCUUCCACCGUGUCAGUAAGCCUAGCAAGAAGGAUAAAGAAACCGCCCCCGCUGCCACUCCAUCGGAAUCCGAGCCAAUCCCCGAGGGAGCUGAGAAGCCUGAACCAGUCAGCAAAGACUCUCCAGCUGAACCAACUGCCGCUGUAAAUGGCAGCGAAGCCCCCGAGGAGAUCAAGGAUGAUGCUGCCGCUGUCCCUGCAGCUUCUUCCUCCCAACCCGUCCAAGCUGCCGCAUGA